CGCCGAGCAGGCGGGGCCGCCGGCAGCGCCGCUCCGUGCAGCCGCUCCGUGCAUCCGCAUCGCGGGGCGGGCCGUCGUUCCGCUUCCUGCUGCCGGCUUCCUGUUCUCUCCGCAGGGACCUUCGUGCCGCUCGUCCGACGCUUGUCGCGCCCACGGCGCCGCCCUCCCGUUGGUGCAGUGUUUCCCCCAUAAAAAAGCGGCAGAAAUGUUUGACGUGAAGGCUUGGGCUGUGUACAUUGUGGAAUGGGCUGCCAAGGACCCCUACGGCUUCCUCACUACAGUGAUCCUGGUCCUGACGCCCCUGUUCAUCAUCAGCGCAGCGUUGUCGUGGAAGCUUGCGAAAAUGAUUGAGACCAGGGAGCGAGAGCAGAAGAAGAAACGGAAACGCCAGGAGAACAUUGUAAAGGCCAAACGUGCAAAGAAGGAUUAAGUGGGCAAGAAAGGCCUUCCUUGGGCAGAGAAUUCACUUUAUUAAUGAAGCACUGCUGUACGUUUUCUGUUGUAACCAUCCUUUGAUACUUGAUGCUGUUGUUUCUUGAAUUAUGAAAUCUUAACUUCUCAAGAAUAUUUUUUUCUGCUGAAAUCAUCUGUGUUAGAAGUUACCCCGGUGACGGUCACUUUCAUCUCUUGCUUUUGUUUCUGUGCAGACUGCUUCUAUCUAAAUUUGCAUGUUAUAUUUAAAAAUGAAAUAGUUGGAGAGCAUUAGGGGCAUAUCUUUUUCCUUAGCUGAGCUGUGACUCAAAACGAGUCAAAAUAUGGGGAUAAUGUAAAUGACUCCUUAAUGCUAUGACCUUUGGUUUCAUAGUGUAGCGCACCCUUCUCCAUUGCAGCAGUAGUUCAUGUUGUGCUUACAUGUAUUUGCAGUUCCUGGUUUAACUGGACUACAGGAAGGGGAGGUUCUGGUACACUGCAGCAGAGCUGUGGAGCAUCUGGCUUCUGAGCUUGUUUGCUGUUGUGUUUUACUGAUACACUUUCAAGGCAUGCAGUGCGUGUGGCUGUGCAGUUCAUUCACUGCAUGCCCAUCAGGUCUGCAGCAGCUCAGCUGGUGGGGCUUGUCUGCACCAUGAACCAAGUUGACUUCUCUUGUUUCCUCUACAGCGCACCCAUCAGCAGUCUUCAAAUUCAGCCCAAACUCUAGGAAACUGAUUGCUUGUCGUCAGUGUGUUCAUUUGUCUGAGGCCACUCGUGUCCUACAGAGUACGCUGUUGGUUUUCCCUAAUUCUCACCUGAAUGUCCAUCUUUAACUUGUUUGUCUGCAAAGCAUUUUUGCCUCAAAGAAUAGCCAUAAGUGGGAUCAGAUGAGCGGCCCAGGCGGCCUCAAGUUUUGUCUUUUGUGACCUGUAGCCAUGGGAGACUACCCAAGUAGGAUAUGCGCACUGGUGACAGAAGUUCUUCCUACUUGCUAGCCCUCCAGCUGCCUGUGCUUUAGGACUUUCUGAGUUUAGGUGGUAUCACUUUGCUCUGACACCCCUUGAAGAUCUGCUGCACUCCAGGUCACAAAACGCUGGCGUAGCAGAAAAAGUCCAAGUGAGGUUCUGUUGUAAAUAUGCCAAAAAUUUUUAACCUUAAUUCCAAUUCAUCUUUUUCUAACAAAUGAUUAAUUUUUCACAGCCUGACUUUUAUCAGCCUAAUUCUAAAGAGUCUGUGGAAGUCAUCAGGUUUUCAGACUUGGCGUAUUUCUAAAUGGCAGCAUGGAGCUGUGCUGUCUAUCAUCUAGUCCAUCAUAUGGUUAAAAGUAAGAUCUUAAGAUAAUGUCCCAUUCAGCAGAGACCUAUGGAGCUGGCUGAUAGCAGCAGGAUAAGGGGGAAGGUUUACUGAAAUGACUUGAAGUAAAUAUGAAGUACUUACCUGCAACCAGUAUCUGAUGACCAUCUUUCAGUUCUGUUGGUCAGAAUAGCAAGCAUUAUUGGAAUGAUGUUUUGACACUUCAUGCUACAUGAGAUUAAAUCACCACUCUUGGAAAUGUUGUCAAAUGUGUAUGUAUUCCACCUUUGAUACCUAGACAUUUUAAAAUGCAUACCUACAUGGUUUAAAAUAAAUUUGAUACUUUUUCAAAAUAUA